GUUGGUCCUGAUACUUGGUGGAGUUAAGACGAAUGUUAAAAAUGUGUCAUUUAAAAAUGAGACCGGAUUUUCACAUCGGUCAUGUUAUGAUGCAAUCAAUGCGUGAAAAUUCACAAUUGGUGUCUCAGGUAGAUAUAGUAACAGGCCAGCAAGAAACAACUGGAUCAGUAUUAAGACGUUCCAUUCAAUUAGCAAAACAUCUGCGAAGUAUUGGUUUGAAGCCAGGCGAUGUUUUGGCUAUAAGUGGUAAUAACCACUUAGAUUUGUUCAUACCCUUCUAUAGUGCUCUAUUUAAUGGGCUGCCUAUUGUAGGAGUUGACCCAAACUAUAAAUAUGAUGAAAUUAAAAAGCUGUUUAAGAUAACGUCGCCUAAAGUUGCCUUUUGCGAGAAAUCAUCGUAUGAAACAUAUAUGAAUGUAACCAAGGAUUUAGGAUUGAAUGUUAAAAUUAUUGUAUUUGGAAAUGAGAAUAAUUGUUUUCCUACAUUCGUCGAGUCAAACAAUAAUUCUGACGUAGAAAACAAUUUCACGGUAGCUGAAUUUGAUAUUGACAAAAUAUAUGUGUUUUUGAUAUGUACAAGUGGGACGACGGGAAAAAUUAAGGCAGCCGCUUUUAAACAUCAAGCAAUCGCUGACAAAAUGUUACACCCUACUAUGGUGCCUAAAGAGAAAUUCAGAGGCACCAGUGCAAUAUGUAUAUCACCCAUCAACUGGAUAUCUGCUUAUUUCAAUGCGAUUGGAUCAGUUUAUAUGGGUCAAAUGCGUAUACAGUCCUCCAUUCCUGACGAUUUAGAUUAUACUAUGAAAAUUAUCAACCAAUAUAAGCCAAUAACAGCGUUAGUUAGUCCGUCUUUAAUGGCGACACUGCUGAAAAGAAAAGACGAUGUCGAUCUUAAAUGCUUCGACGUUAUCGUGGUCACCGGAUCUAAGGUUUAUCUGGAUGUACUGGAUGAGUUUCAGAAAUGUUUGAAGAAGGGAGCAAUCGCGUUUGAAAGUUAUGGUCAAACUGAAUUAAUAGGGCCCACUUUACAAUUUGUUCCCGGAACUCCACGUGGCAGUAGUGGUGAGCCGCACUUGUUGUAUAGUAUUAAGUUAGUCGAUCCAGAGACUGGAAAGGAGAUCACGGAACCAAACGUGCCCGGGGAAAUGUGGGCCAAAGGCCCAUGUUUUACGGAAUAUUACAAUGAUCCAGAAGAAACUGCUAAUGCAUUUUCUGAAGAUGGCUAUUGCAAGACAGGCGAUCUUUUGUACAGAGAUGAAAACAAUUUUUAUUACUUUGUGGAUCGAAUUAAAACGCUCAUUAAAUAUAGAAAUUUCCAUGUAACACCAGCAGAGCUAGAGGAGGUAAUACACAGCCAUAAGGGCGUUAGUGACGUGUGUGUUAUUGGCAUUGAUGAUCCCGAAGAUGGACAAAGACCGGUGGCUUGUGUUGUAAAGCGGAAUGGUCACAUUGUCACUGCUGAAGAAAUAAAGAAUCUAGUACUGGAUAAAUUAUCGAAGAGCAAAGAAUUACGAGGAGGUGUUGUAUUUCUCAAAGAGCUGCCUGUUACAUCAACAGGGAAAAUAGCUCGAAGGAAACUGUUAGAUAUAGUAUUGAAUUCUCCAAGAGAAUAACAUUAAAAUAAUUUUAUAAAAUUUCACAUAAAAUUA